AUGAAAAACCAAGAUGCAUCUUCAACGACUUGCUCAGAGCGAUCAGCAACAACAUCAUUGCUCUUUGAUGGUGCGAGGCUCCGAUCAUUUCUUGUUCAUGCUUCUUUGAUGGCCAUUCUCUUUGAAUUGAUUUUUAAUUUUCUGAUAAUUAAAUACGUGAAAUAUACAGAAAUUGAUUGGAUUGCUUAUAUGCAAGAAGUAAAAGGAUUUUUGAACGGAGAUUGGGAUUACUCUCAUUUGCAUGGACAAACCGGUCCUCUAGUGUAUCCUGCUCUCUUUGUUUACAUUUAUUCUAUAUUGAAUAUUAUUACCUUGAAUGGAUCAAGAGAAAUUGGCCAAAUUAUUUUUGCGAUUAUUUAUGUUGCUCUGUUUGCUGUAGUACUAUUGAUUUAUGUUAGAUAUACAUCAUUUGAUAAGAAUAGCUUGACAUAUUAUUGGAUUAUUAUCAUGCUAAUGAUCAGCAAAAGAAUUCAUUCAAUAUUUGUGUUGCGAAUGUUUAAUGACUGUAUUGCAAUGCUUUUCUUAUAUUUAGCAGUGUUUGCUUUCUGCAAAGAUAAUUUCAACUUUGGUCUUUUAUUUUACAGCUGUGCAUUGGGCGUGAAAAUGAACAUCUUGCUCUUUUUCCCAGCUGUUGGAAUAUUAACAGUCCAGAGAUUUGGCUUUACAUUCAAAUCAAUUUCAAAAUUAGUCAUCCUUGUUAUUGGGCUUCAAAUUGUAUUUGCGUUGCCCUUCUUAUACGAAAAUGCCUAUGAAUAUUUCCAUUAUGCUUUCGAUUUUGGAAGAGAAUUUACUUACACAUGGACUGUUAACUUUAAAUUUCUUUCAGAAGAUGUUUUUAGAUCAAAACUUCUCUCGAGGUCUCUAUUGACUGGCCAUGCUUUGAUUUUGUUGAUAUUUAUCUUAUCAAAGUGGUGUGUUGGCGAGCGAUUUAAGAAUGUGUUUUUCUUAUUAUUUAAAUACAAGAAUGUAGAAAAUAAGCCGCUCGAUACCAAUCACAUCAUUUAUAUGAUGUUCACAUCCAAUUUUAUUGGAAUAAUUUUUGCUCGCUCCUUGCACUACCAAUUCUACGUUUGGUAUUUCCACUCUACCCCUUAUUUACUAAUGUACAUCCCAUAUUUCAAGUAUAAUUUAGCACGAUUAGUUCUACUCUUAUGUAUUGAGAUUGUUUGGAAUGUUUAUCCAAGCACUCCUCUCACCAGCAUAGGCUUGCAUGUUUGUCACGCCAUUAUUUUGCUUGGGUUGCUUUUCACUCCCUCACCUGCGUCACUCCCAAAAAGUCAAACAAAUUAA